GUUCUGUCUCUCUCUCUACCUCUUUUCUCUCUCCCUCUCUCUGCAGCUGUGGUCUGCUGAGCGUCACCUCCACACAGCAAGUGCCUUUACUUGAGCAGAAGAGGGAGAAGGAAGAGGAGGGUAGCUGCGAGAGAGAGAGAGAGAGAGAGAGAAUAAACCCAGGAGUGUGUCUGAACGCACCAGAGGAGCAUCCCCCUGACUUCGCAGAGAGGGCUGAGAAGUGCACAGAGACAGACGGGCAGAGAGGCAGGCGCUGUUGGAGUAUCACAGCGCUGGUGGUGCUGGCAGAGCAUGCUGAGUGGAGACAGGGGAAUCCACUGGCGCUGUUGAUCCUGGUGUCCCUGGCAAAAGCUGCUUGAGCAAGAGACAGAAAACGGCGCAGCAGCCAGGAUCUCGCCAGGGGGGCAGCAUUUUACAGCGACAACGAAGCGUGGAGACAGCUGAAACCUGCACACACACACACACACAGAAAAAACACACAGCCGCACAAACACACAUGCACACAGCUGUGUGGGGACACUCCGACACACACUACAUUGAAAAAAAUUCACUACAACCGUGUUUCUUGUUUUGAAACUUCCCGGCAGAGAAACAGGAAAACGGCGACAGAAUGUUUGAUCUUCUUGUCCAGGGAUCGUUGAUGCUGGAGAGGAAAACUUCUGGAGAGGAAAUUCUCUUUUAAGCAGGACUUACUGCAGAGCUUUUCCCUCUAACUUUACCACGUUCUCUUUUUUUGGAGUUGGGGGUUUAAACCCUCUAUCUGAGCACAACACAAAAUAACCUCUAUUCUUAGUUGCAGAAAUUGAGAGCAGUCUUUGUGACCAUUAAGAUGCCUCUUCCUGAUUCAGUCUGAGCAGUAAGUGGAUUAUGACGGCAAUAUUUUGGGAUUUCUCCUUCGCCUGAGAAAAAAAGAGAAAAGAAAAAAGAAAUAUAUCCAUGACUGGUGGAUUUACGCCUGUCAUAGAAGGAGAGGAUCCUGUGCGUUUUCUCCUCUCCCCUCCUGUGGAUUACAGAUGGGCUUUGUGAUCUCCCAGUGCAGUCUCAUGGAUGAUCGCUCGCUGCCAGUCAUUAGGAUAAAGUCCAAAGAGGGACACAAGUGGCUUGGGCACAAGCGGAGAUUGAUUGAAGUGAUCUGUGUGAAUCCUAUUAAUGCAUCCUGGAUUCUGGCCAAGACAGAAGCAAUGGAGGGGAACACCACUGUCUAGCUGCACUAUCUGAUCUGCCUCCUCAAAGGACAAACUGAGGACCCUUUGCACUCCCCUCUUCAACAACACUCCUCCUUCUCCUCCUCCUCCUCCUCCUCCUCUCAGUCAGGCAAGGAUGGUACCCCCACCUCCCACCAACAAGCCCCACGUGUGCCUGUCCACCAUCCUGAUCAUGAGCAGCAUGGCACUGAUUGAUGCCUACCUGGUGGAGCAGAACCACGGACCACGCAAGAUUGGCAUCUGCAUCAUGGUGAUGGUGGGAGACAUCUGCUUCCUAAUCGUCUUGCGUUAUGUAGCGGUGUGGGUGGGUGCUGAGGUGCGCACAGCUAAACGAGGCUACGCCAUGAUCCUCUGGUUCCUUUACAUCUUUGUGCUGGAGAUCAAAGUCUACUUUGUGUAUCAAAACUACAAGGCAGACAGGAAGAGCUUGGAUGCUCUCGCAAGGAAGGCGCUGACGUUGCUGCUGUCCAUUUGCAUUCCAGUGCUGUUUGUGGUGCUGGUUGCUAUCGACCAUAUGGAGUACGUACGCGCCUUCAAAAAGCGUGAGGAGAUCCGUAACCGUCUCUUCUGGGUGGUGGUGGACUUGCUGGACAUACUGGACAUCCAAGCCAACCUGUGGGAGCCUCAGAAGAAGGGGCUCCCUCUGUGGGCGGAGGGCCUGAUGUUCUUCUACUGCUACAUCCUUCUGCUCGUGCUGCCCUGCGUGUCGUUGAGCGAAAUAAGCAUGCAGGGCAUCAACAUCGUGCCCCACAAGAUGCUCCUGUACCCCAUCCUCAGCCUGGUGACCAUCAACAUCAUCACACUCUUCAUCCGCGGGGGGAACAUGUUUCUGUACAGGGACGCCAGAGUGUCCGGGAUCCUGAUAGGAAAGAACAUCCUGGCCAUCAUCCUAAAGACCUGCAGCUUUGUGCAGUACAGGAGACAGUUGCAGAACGCUCCUCCUGCCUUCGGGGUCGAGCUGCAGAAAAACUCGGUGGCCCAUGCUCGCCCUGCCCCCACCCCACCUCAAGUGGUCAUGCAGGACCAGACGCCCCUCCCUGAGGUGACGACGUGUGAACACACAUGACAGAAUGGUGAGGUGAAUCUGGGAAAUGUCGAUAUGAAUAUCUAUGACCCUCAGGACGCUGGCAGGGCACAAUGUUCCACACCUUUUAGGGCAUGUGAACAUUCACGUGAACACGCAGGAGAUCAUGAUCUCCACUGAUGCUUAAUGGCACACAGGACACUGCAGACGCUUAGCCAGGAUAGAGCUGUGCUGUAUCCAAAGCUGUCAUGGUGCAAAAUACAGUAUCACUUGUGACUUUGUUAAAGCAUUUCCCUUAGUGAAAUCAGUUAACUGUGUAUUUUUUCUAACUGUACAAAAGGAAAAAAAACUACUGCAAGAUUAGAGGAUAUAUUUUUGAAUUGUGUGUAUUGCAUUCUAAUCUUAAACUUAAGGGUCUGUGUGCUGUGGUGUGUAUUUCUGUUGUUCGAAUGUUCUUAGUAGUCGAGGGCUUUAACGUGACAAAGUCAGAGGGAGCAGCCACAGAAAGAAUCAAAGUAAUGAGAGUGAAAACAACAGUUAAAGCUUUCUCCUGAAAGACGUGUGUUUUUAUAUGUGAUUCUUUGAUAAAGUAUUGUGUACAAGAUAAAGGCUUUCCUGCUCUUUCACUGGCUGUAAAGGGGUAUUUUCAUGAAAUCCAUUUAAAAGUAACUGGACCAAUUGAAUAUAUUUCACUUUUUAAUUAAAAUUCAGCAAAUGUCCUUUAAUUAACCUGGGUUACAAAAGAAAAUAGACAAUGAUUUUUUCACUCUGGUUCAAUCUUCAAUUAGAGAGCACUUAAUUGCUGAAGUGGUGCCUUUGCAAUGUCAUUCAACAAGAGUGAGAUCAUUACAUAGCAGGCUUCUUAUUUUGAGUGAGGAGAGAAACAUGUGAAUAAAUUCUCUGUGCAGUUCUGAACAGUUUGAUCACUGCAAAGGGUGACUAUGGUGCUGUAGCCAUAGGACAAGAAGACACAGCCAAGGGGCAACACUGCAGAUGGAUAAAUGAUUCCCAAAUAAGGAAAGCUGUUUAAUAUCCUCCUCAGGCGCUCAGUGACUAUCUGUGCUUGUGCUUAGUGGCAGCAGCAGAUCUUUGUAAGCACUGUCAUUUUGUUUCUCACACAAAAGGACAAAAUGGAUACUUUGGUCCGGUGAUGUGAAUCCAAACAACAGCCAAGAAAACACGAUGUCUUCUAAUAUGACAAAUCUCUUUCUGUCGCAAGCAGGUUUUUUUUCUAUCACCAACAGUUGAGUCAGAGCUGGAGUAUUUUUGUUUUUCAGUGACACAUUUUAGUAUUUUCCUAAAAAUCAACAGGAAUAAAGCAGAAGAAAAGCCACUGAGAAAUAUGUUUGUUUGAACCUUUUACUGCGUGUGCCAUUGUUAACAUAGCCAGAGAUGCAAAAUUGAACAAUGAGGUCAAGUGGUAUAAUAUGAUACUGCAAAAAAAAACACAGAAUAAUGACACCAACACUGGUGCAAUAGUAAAAAAAAAAAAGAAAGAAAGAAAAAAGAAAAGAGAAAAAAGAAAAGAAAAGAAAAGAAAAGAAAAAAGAACUACAUUUUACAAUAGGUUCCUUCUCUUGUACUCAGGUUACUUUCCUUUGCUUAAUCUCUCUCUCACCAGUGACUGCUUGCAUAAUUUAAAGCAGACUGGCUGUCCGUGUUUGUUAAAACCCUGAGAGUGCAGAAGCUGGUCCAACAUUUUCAUCUGUACGAGGAAGGUGGCAACUUUAGGUGGCACAAACCAGGCUAUCACAUUAAGACUGCUGUAGCCAGCAUUAUUUGUCAGUGUUGUUGUAAAGCUACAUCAGCAAUUUAGACUAUAAUAUACUAUUGGAUUGUAUUGUUUUUACAGCAAUGAAAGGAAAACAUUCUUCCUUUAGAGUUGAAUGUGCUGAAUGAUGAAUUCAGUUAUCAUUAAGAACAAUGAGGAAAUGUUUAUUCUGAAAUGGUCUGCUUUGCAGCUUUAAUUGUUUUGGUGACAAUGUUAUAAAAAAAAGUGUGUGAUUCUAGUUGUUCUAAAAAUAUAAAAAGUUUGCAGAGUUUAUACGCAACACUGUUACUGCAAGUCUUCACAUCUUAAAGGAUUACAUUUCCAGUAACAGUCUGAAGACUUCCAGGCAUCUGAAAAAGUCUUUGUUAAGUGAAUGAAAAUCCAUAUGUUUUAUUGUAGGUAGUUCAUAGUUAUACUGUAUAUGCUGGAGUUUUUGGUAAAUACAGAAAAUGUGAUGUGAGCAUCCUCUACAGUUGCAAUUCAACCAGGAGCACUGGGUUUGUUUAGAGAACAUGACUGUUGCUGCCCAAAUUCAAAGUAAAUUCAUAUGUACAGUUUCCCAUAAAGGGUCAAAGAAAGGCUUACAUGUAUCCCAGCAUGCAUUGUAUGGAAAGCAGAGAAUCUCCCUGAAGAGGUCAGCAGUCCACUGCAGAGCUAACAAACAC